GCAUGGAUGAGCAAUAGAUCUGUGGACGAGCGCCAUAGCUCCGCCCCGUAUUAACCAUAACAAGGGACGCUCUCUUUUCAUUGGCUGUUUGUAUCUCAUGAUGGUUAGCUAGCUUUGAGCUAGCAAUGCUAUUCGUGGACCAAACCCGCUACUUUCGUGAGCACUAGGAUUAAAACUCAAAAUAGGAUUGGCUAAAUUGCUAACAGUUGACUGCUGUAAUCCUCACAGCAAGUGUUGAUGUGAAACACGGAAGUAUUCAAGUACAAAUGUGAUGUUUUAUUACCUUUAACGGUAGCUAGCAACAAUGGAUGCUAAUUUCUUCAAUUUGGCCGUCGCUUGCUAACUAGAAAAUAUUUGCUAGCAACGUGGAGUAAAAAGCAAUGUUGACAAAUGAACUUGCCAACGCUAGGCGUCAAGAAGAGGAAGCAUAGACUUACUAGCCAGCUAAAUGGGGUUCUCUUACUGGGCACUUACGUCGGAUACUGAUUUCACAGCAAUGUGAGCCAUUUUGGGAAAGACCCCUGAAUGCUGUGUCCUGUUUGAUAUGGCUCAGAUUUUAUGCACCUACCAGGAGACCCAGAAUGGGACCGCUCUGGAAAUAGAGGGGCAGGGAGGUUUGGACAAGGCAGGAGAUAAAACAGAGACAUCCCCUGUGAAUGAGAACCCAGAACCCUUUUCUUCUGAAGAUGAACAGAAGAGACUAAAUGCUUUGUCAGAUGAUGACUUUCUUUCAAAGGACAAACUUGAUGCUUCUUGGUCCCAGAGUUGUCCCUUCACCAAGUCUCUGCAGAAGGCGGAGGCCCUGCUGAGGACUCGCUUCAACCCCAGCCUGAGGUGGCUACUGAGGCAGAAAAGUGAUGAUAUGUGGGAAUUUGAGAACCGGGAUACCUUUGUAGCGUGCCAGAACCUCACCUCUCAGUCAUCUAGCAGGCUGCAGCGGCUAGACCAGGGCAUGCUGGGUCUCAGUCCACAGUGCCAAGUGUUGCGGGGGCCACGGACAGGCCAGCUGCAGAGUUGCGUCAGGGGCCUCGCUACAGAGGGCAGUUUCUACCACCACCCUCCAGCCGCUACCCUCAGCCAGCACUAUGGGCAGCUGCAGUACCUACUGGAACAGCGGGCUCAGCUCCUUUUCCUCCAUGAGUAUGCCCGGCGCACCAGAGUCACCACUGUGUACGUUGACAAACUGACUAGCCUGCUGGAGCGGGAGCUAGGUUUGUUGAUGGACAGGAGUCGAGUCCUGGAGCGACCAAACUCUGCCUGGAGCUUUGGGAUGGGAGGCCUGUGCCAGGAACUACGUAUCCACGUGAGCCAUUGGGAUGCUCUAUGUGCCAAAGCCCAGUCUGACGUCUGGCUGAGAACUGUUCUGUUCCAGAGGACAGAGACCCUUGCUGUCAUGCGGCGGACACUGAGAGUGCUGGGACUGCAGGCCCUGGUUCUGAUGGAACGUUGUAUCUAUACAGCCCUCUCCGCUCUGGCCUCAGCUCAGCUGGCCAGGGUGCCUAGAGAUGCCUUAGAAGACCUGCUGGCUGGGGCAGAGGUCUUUAACCAGGUACUGGAGGAGCAGAGAGUCCAGCAUAGAGGCUCGCGGUGGAGAACUCAGACCCUGCAGCUGUCUGACUGGCCUGGGCUGUCUAGUAGGCAGCCCACCCGGAGGGGUAGCCUUCCUGCACCUUUCCCAGUGGUUGAACUGAUGAGGAUACUGGCAGAGCACAGGGGGCAGAUCGCGGCAGAGCAGCUGUACCAAUGGGCUUCCCAACAGAGCUUCCUCCACUCCCAGGCCCUGCACACUGGAGCCCCAGCCCCUACGUGGGAGAAAUUAGAACUGUUAUUCCCGCUGCUUUCCCCUCUACACCCCUCAGAGCCCAGUCCUGAUGGGCUCACACUGGAGAACCUCCCUGGGCCCUCUUCAGAUGAAUCCAGGUUGGGAAAACCCUGUUCCUGGUCCUCUGAUCUCCCCUUUAUAGCCUUCAUCCGUCAGGACCGUAAGUCUCUAGAGAUUCUCUUCCAGGCCCUGGUGUCCUCCACAGACCUGAUGGCUCCACACAUCCCCAACAGACCCAGGCCGGAGUGUACCAACACCCCAGAACAUUCUCCCAGGUGCUUUGAGGGAGAGUCUUCACCCACAGAUGAGGCCAGGCAGGAGAUAAAGAGACCCAAGUCAGUCCAGUCUGGGGCUUGUGUGGAGCUCUUUGGUCAUUACAGGACAAUGCUGUGGAGGGAGUUUGGCAAAGCCGUCAUUCAGCGCUUCCACCAGCCACCAAAGAGAGACCCUUUGGGCAGUGUUAACCAGUGGAACGACCAGAUGGUUUUCCAGCUUGUGAUGUGGCUCAACCAUGGCUGUAGAGGAGAGCUCGUCCCUGAAGAGUGUAGAGGAGUGGUUGAUGACUUCAUCUUACAGCUCCUGUCCAACACUGCUUUUAGGCACUGGGAUGAGGUGAUGUGUGCGUCACUGGGCUCAGGACUGAAAGAUAAAUGUCUUCCAGGAGUUGAGCGUGAGAACUGCAUGGUGAUGACAUGUACCAUGGAGAGACUCCUGCAGCUGUCCCCUCCACUCCUCACAGUGCUGCAGUGUCUUCAAUCUUCAGCCCACCUGGUCCAAGGUGACAGUAAUGCUCGGACUAUGAGGUCCCUUCACAUAGGAUCGCUGAGCAGAGUGGUGGCAUCCGUCCGAUCCUCUACCUUCUGGGUCAUGAGGAAGGCCUACCAGUUCCUUUCCUCCUGGUCCCUCAACAAGUUCCUGCUUGUCACCCUAGGAGACCUCAAGGUUCUGAGAGCAUCAGUGAUGAGGCUACUGCAGCAUGUGGAGGCCCUGAGUGUGAAUGAAAAUCAUCUCCUCAAGCUACUGGCUGCACAGCUUACUCAGAGUGUCACAGAUCUACAGGUAUUCUCUGACCUGGUGCUCAGAAUCUUCUCCAAGGACUGUAAGAGGAUGUCUGAGGAGAUAUUUUUGCAGACCAUGCCCUCAGCAAAGCACUGGAGAGUGAACUAUAAAACGGAGUUCCCCAGCAGCCCUAGUGAUUACGCUACUACUGCAGCUCAGAGUGUAAUAGGACAGGUACUGGAGGGGGUGCAGCCCCUGCCUGAGGAGGCUCGGAUCCCCGCCCUGACAGAGGCCAUGACAGCCUUCAUGGAGGCCUGGAUGGAGCACAUCCUCAAGGAGAAGAUCAAGUUCAGUAUCCAGGGGGCUCUACAGCUGAAGCAAGACUUUGACUUGAUCCGGAACCUGAUACGCUCUGAGGAAUACAGCCUGUCAGAGGAGAUCCACCAGAGGCUGCUCUCCCUCCGGGUCUUCCACCAGGUGGACAAUGCCAUCGUGUGCCUGCUGCAGCAGCCCAUGGCCAAGCCCUACAUGCCUUCGCGGGGCUGGGAGCCCUUCAGACGCUGCUGUCCAAGUAGUGCCAAUAUGGUGGACCAAUCGUCUAGCAGUCUGAAUAAUUUUGAGAACAUGGACCUCCAGUCUGCAUGUCAACAGGCCCUGGCCCAGGCAGAGGGCUCUAUGAGCCCUGAGCUGCUGGCCUCCACCCCGCAGGAGUCCUACCUGGCCGUGGCACAGCAAGAGUGGCUGGACCUGCGCAUACACAAUGGCAACCGCUGGAAGCUCCCUGGGCUGCAGUGCCUGACAAGGUCAGAGCCCUAACCCUCAGGUAUUCUAUGUAGAAACUCAUUCCUCCUCCAGUCCAGACACUGGAAAUUAACAGCCUUUUGGCCUAAAGGCUGUCCUACAAGGCUGCUCAUCUGGAAGCCAUUUUGCUCUUUGAAUUAAUAAAUGUGUUAAUGCGCUAGGGCCAGACAGGGCCAGUUUACUAGAUUAUGAAGUUACUAGGAACAUUUGGAUGUUACAUUUCCUAGGACUUCAUCUGAACAAAUCAAAGCCAUGUCAAUAGACUAGUAUUGAAGUUAUUUAUGUUAUCAUUAACGACAAAAGGUACAAAGCAAUAACGUUACUGAAAAGUUUUUGUUUCUUUUCAAAACAACAUUUCAAAUAUUGUGUGUAUCCAUGGCAUGUGCAUAUAAUUUAACAUAUUUUUGUAAAUCUGUGCUAAUGAAGUAAUGGAAAGUAAAGAUUUGUUUUUCA